AUGGUGAGGGGAGCGAGGAUGUUGUGUCCUGCUUGGCUCUUGGCUCUGGCUGUUCUGUGUGCGGGUGGAUCUGAAGUCAGAGCUCAGUGUUGGGAGAACGCCCGCUGCAGAGACCUCACCACUGACGAGAACAUCUUGGACUGUAUACAGCUGUGCAGGUCUGAUCUGACAGAUGAAACCCCCGUCUAUCCUGGAGAAAGCCAUUUGCAGCCUCCCUCCGAGCCGGAGCAAACCGAGGUCCUUGCACCCCUGUCCCCAGCGGCCCUCGCUCCUGCUGAGCAGAUGGACCCCGAGUCAAGCCCUCGGCACGAGCACAAGCGCUCCUACUCCAUGGAGCACUUCCGUUGGGGAAAGCCAGUGGGUCGCAAGCGCCGGCCCAUCAAGGUGUACACAAACGGCGUGGAGGAGGAAUCCGCUGAGACUCUCCCAGCCGAGAUGAGGCGUGAGCUGUCUACCAACGAGGUUGACUAUCCUCAAGAGGAGGGCGCUUUAAACCAGCAGGAGAAGAAAGAUGGCUCCUACAAAAUGCACCAUUUCCGCUGGAGUGUCCCGCCUGCUAGCAAGCGCUACGGAGGCUUCAUGAAGUCCUGGGAUGAGCGCAGUCAGAAACCCCUUCUCACGCUCUUCAAAAACGUCAUAAACAAAGAGCACCAGAAGAAGGACCAGUGAGGGGGGUUUAAUCAGAGGAGUGGAUAGGGGAUUGUUUUUAAUAUACUGUCUUUCUUCCCAGCAAACUUAUCAUGCAUAGUCAACAAAAAGAGGGUGGGUGGUGUUACCUGUAGCACUUAAUUCUUGAUGCUUAGAGUUUAUUCACAUUGUAUUCAACAAUAAAUUCUGAAUUCUGUACAUAGCAAUGCUGUGGUGAUUAAAUAUUGUUUUAGAGGUUGAAGAAACAGCAUUUAGAUUAUUUAUUGAAAUGUAUUAUACUGUAAAUUCUGAAAAUGUUACAUAAAAUGAUUGUUUCAAGCAGAAAAGAACAAAAUGGUUCAUUUCUGAGAAACAAGCACUCAUCAGAAUCAUUCAGACAUAUGUGCAGUU